GUGAAUAUAUUCUUAAAUGAAGAAUCCAUGAACCACAGUUCAAUUGAAGGCAGUAUGUUCAUUCAUUCAAAUAUAUCAAGUGGGCCGCCUGUGCAGACUUCAAUCAUCAAUAGAUUCCUUGAACCCGAUCAUGGAGACAAUCGUGAAAAACUGAAUAUAGUUUAUAUCAAAUCGCAUAAGACGGGAGGGACUACCGUAUCGUCGAUACUAAAUAGGUUUGGCUACAAGAGAAAUCUGUCAUUUGCAAUGAACUCUAACAAAAAUUGGAACGGUCAUUUACGAGAGUUGCCCUUGACUAGAGAAUCGCCGAAAGAUGUUCUUCUGCCAUCGUUGGAUGGUGGAGACGAUUGGAUGAAUUAUCGGUAUAAUAUAAUGGACAUACACGUACGGUACAACAGGAAUGUUAUGGAUAUGUUGAUGAUGGGUGGAACUAAGUACAUUGCUCUGUUACGUGAUCCAGUUUAUCAACUGGAGUCUGCAUUUGACUUCUUUGGCCUUGCUUGGGAAAUACGCAGCCUUCGUAAAAAACCCAACGCGUUUCAGCUUUUUAUGACAAACCCAGACAAGCACAUGAGAUGGGCGAGCAAAGCACGCCGCAUCGACUUACGUAACAACCAAUUUCACAUGUUGGGCUUGGAGAACAAGUUUUUCAACGAUGUACCGUAUAUAAAGACACGCGUAGAAGAACUCGACCGGGAAUUUGAUCUUGUAAUGAUACUCGAACAUUUCGAUGAGUCACUCCUUCUGUUGAAGAAACUUAUGAAUUGGGAAUUUGAGGACAUUCUGUACAUUAAGAAAAAUCAACGCCUGGCGCGAUCUAACAUAAAUGAGGACAUUUCUAAGAAAGUGCGGAAGUGGAAUGCGGCAGACGAUAUUUUGUAUAAGUACUUCGAAGAGAAGUUAUUGGCAAGAAUUCAGGAGUAUGGCGCGUCUUUCAAUAGUGAUUUGAUUGAAUUCCAACGUAUGAAUGAGAUUGUAUUCGAUCGAUGUACUGGCGGGGACGCGACUAAACAGCAUAACAACAAAAUCUUCGAGUACAACACCAAAGAAGAUACUGACACAUAUUGCAACAGUUUCGUAUAUUCUUUCAAAGACUGGGUAAACAUAAUUUGGGAAAGUCAGCAUCUAGAUGAUCCUACAGUCGAGUCUUAAUGCACCUGUUGCUUCUGCGCACAGCACAUGUGAAUGUGACAAUGAGCAGAUAUGCCACCUGUCUUUCUCUAUAUAAAUCAACUAAACAAUUUGUACAUAUUUGACUUUUACAUAAGUCUAUUUGAAUCGCACAAUUUGUAGCUGUUUGUUCACAAAUAUGUGCAACAGAAACUAUUAUCUGUCUCAACUCAGGAAUAAAUCAAAUGUUGGAGUUUCUGCCGGAUUUCUGAUCCUCUCAAUGUACUGUAAAAUCAUUUAUUUUCACUGGCAUAUAAUUUCACCGUAAAAUAUACUGUCAUCGAACUACUGUAUAGAAUUUAGUCUCAUGUUGACUAUGUCCCAGACAGUUUACUUACCUGCCUUACUCAUUGUCAGUGUCUGACUGGCAUAUAAAAAAUGCGAUCAAGAAAACGUCAGAAUAGUAAAAAAAAAAUGUCAGUUGCCCAAGUGAGCCGCGGAACCACUACAAUCUGUCAGCCGUCGCCGCUCACAGCAGCGAUAUGAUUUUACACAUAAAAAUUAGGAAUUGCAAGUAAAGUCACAUCACAUUGAAAUGAACACUAAUUACAGCUAUC